AUGGAUUUCGUACGUGAUACAACAAGUAUCAUCGAAGAAGGAGAAAAAGAAGAAGAAAAUAAAGAUAGAAUAAGCAACUUGCCAGAUGAACUUAUUCAUCACAUUGUCUCUUUUCUUGACAUGAAAUACGCUGUUCAGACUAGCGCACUGUCUCAUAAAUGGGAGCAUAUUUGGACCUCAAUUCGCUGUCUUAACUUUAAUAUUUGUGCAUUUCGUACACCGCGUUUGUUUGCCAAAUUUGUGAAGGACGCACUAUCUCAUCAAAACAAUCAUGUAGAAGAAUCUAAGGUUCAGCUCACAAUCACUGGAGCAGCCACCCCGUCUGUUGUUAAAAGCAUUGUAAACAAUGUAUAUCUGCAUAAUGUUAGGGACCUGAAUAUGACAUGGCUUACCACUAGGAAAUUCCAUCAGUUCCCAGAAUGUCUUUUCAGUUCUGAUACUCUCAAACAUCUCACCCUUGCAACCGGUGACCAAUCUUUCUAUCUACACAAAGCCAGCUGCAUACCAAAAGUAGCUUGGAAUUUUCCAGCUUUAGAAACUCUGUGUUUGAGGAGUAUGCAUUUAGGUGACAAAGGAGAUGAGAGCCUUGAUCUUUUUUCCAAGUGUGUAAACCUAAGGGACCUCACAUUACAUAACUGUUGCAUGUAUGGCUUGAAGAUUUUCAAUAUUUGUGCUCCAGAACUUACAAAUCUCACAAUAAGGGCCACCUCAUACCCAGAUGUUGUCCAUGUCGUCGCUCCUAAACUUGAGAAUCUUACUGCAUCUGUCAGGGGUACUAUUAAUCGAUUUCCAUUCAAAUAUGUAUCUCUGCAGUUGUCCACAGAGGGUUUUGAUUCUCUUGAGAAAGUGAAUCUUUCCUUGUCAAUGCCCUAUUACGAACCAAAGAGAUUUUUUCCGUUGCUUCUCAGUUUGUUUCAAAAGCUCCACAGCACCAAAUAUCUGGUUAUUAAUUUGGAUAUCAUUGAGGUGCCACAGAAGAGAUCAAGGCAGCAGGAACAUGAUGAGACAAUGGCUAAGAAGGUGGCCAAAUUGAAGACAGAAAAGAAGCAACCAGAGACUGCGGCCCAAGGGAAGAGAUUGUUGGAGGCAAAGACUGAACCUCCUUCUCCAAGACUGUCUUCAUCUAUUGUAAGCUUUCCAUUACCUUGA